AUGGGUGGUGAAGGAGGAAGCCUUACCGGACGCAUUGUUCAAAUGGUUUUGUUGAUUACCAUUUUAACGUUGGCUCCCUCUAUUCUUGUUAUGGUGACGUCAUUUACCCGCCUGGUCGUCGUUUUUUCUUUUCUGCGAAGUGCUAUUGGAUUACAGCAGUCCCCUCCGAAUGCUGUCCUCAUUUCUCUGGCUCUUUUUCUGACAGCAUUUGUUAUGUCUCCAACUCUAGAGAAAGUCUAUGAUGAAGGACUGUCUCCCCUUAUUGAAGAAAAAAUUCCUGUAGAAGAAGCGAUGGAUAAAAUGUCUACACCCAUUUAG